AUGAAUAUGAAUUCAUCAUCAACAGCUUCCUUUGAACCUUAUCCACAAACCCCUAUUUUAAAGAAAUCUAAUAGAGGUCGAAAAACUUUAGCUGUUAAAGAAGGUUAUGUUGAUCCAACUGGACAAACACAUGUGAUGACAGUGAGGCGAAGCUUGCCUCCAAAUCCACGAAAACCAAAGAAAAGAUCUAUCAAAAAAGUCAAUAACAAGCCACCGAGUUAUUGCAAACGAUGUGAAUACGAUGAUAAAUUCAUCAAUUUACUAACUGAUCGAAUCGUUAACUUGGAAAAUUUGGUGCAAAAGAUCUCUGAUAUCGCGGUCAUCCAAACUCCUUCUGUUAUGUUAAAUUUCAACGCCAUGGAAACCGAUGAUCUUAUCGAAUUAUCUAAUCAUUUGGGAAUAUCAUCCCCUGAUUUACAAAAUAACGAUUACGCGUCGACAAACGAAAUUGUGCAAAAUCAACCCGUAUCAAGCCAAUUCGUGGCUACUCCUCUUACAAGUCCUUUAUCCGAUUGUUCCGAUUUUUUUCCUGUAAAUUUGAAUACUG